AUGAUUAUCACAGAGACCAACCGCAGAGAGAUCUGCAAGUACCUUUUCAAAGAAGGAGUAUUGUUCGCCAAGAAAGAUUUCAACCUCCCAAAGCAUCCGUUGAUUGAGUCAGUACCAAACCUGCAAGUGAUCAAGCUCAUGCAGAGUUUCAAAUCCAAGGAGUACGUUAGGGAGACUUUCGCUUGGAUGCAUUACUAUUGGUUUCUGACCAACGAAGGGAUUGAGUUCUUGAGAACUUAUCUUAACCUUCCUUCAGAUGUUGUUCCCGCAACGUUGAAGAAGUCUGCUAAGCCUGUUGGUCGUCCCUUUGGUGGUCCACCUGGUGAUCGCCCAAGAGGACCCCGCUUUGAGGGAGACCGUCCCAGAUAUGGUGACCGUGAUGGCUACCGUGUAGGGCCACGUGGUGGUGAUGCCGGUGGUGAAAAGGGUGGAGCUCCAGCUGAUUACCAGCCGUCUUUCCAAGGAAGUGGUGGUAGGCCUGGAUUUGGCCGCGGUGCAGGCGGUUACAGCGCAGCAGCACCAUCUGGUUCCGGUUUACCCUGAAAGAAGUCUUGUUUAUCUUUAGGCGAUUGAAAGACAAGUUUUGUUUUUGUUUUUUUGGCUUUAGUUUUGUUUGUGAGACGCAAAUCCAGAAUCUAUCUAUUUCUCUGACUUUUGUUCUGAGGAAACAAAUCCUUUAUUAGUUUCCACUUUCAAAGAUUGUGUUAAACUCCCGUUUUUUUUUGUCUGUCAUGGAGAAUCCUUUGCUUUGUCGAAAUGAGAUAUUAAAACGGAUUACAUUUUAAGAACAAAAGAAGACGAAGCAUGUCUUUUUCUUAAUU